ACAGCCGCAAGAUGAACGUGGUAAUCUCGUGGGUUCUGCUGGCCAUUAGCUCGUCAUCAUUCGUGUGUUCCCUGGUGGUGCAGACCGACCUGGGAGGCGUGCGGGGUGCCGUACUCACCUCCAGACUGGGUUCACCCUUCCAUGCCUUUCGUGGCAUACGCUAUGCAGAGCCGCCGCUGGGCGCAUUGCGUUUCCUGAACCCCAAGCCCGUGAGGCCUUGGUCGCCGAGUGUCUUCGAUGCGACUGAGGACGGACCGAUGUGCCCCCAGCCGAGGAAAAAUCUCACCGACGUCUCCGAGGACUGUCUGCGUCUCAAUGUGUACACAAGGGAUGUGCACGCGCGCAGGCCGGUGAUUGUGUUCCUUCAUCCCGGCGGCUUCUAUGCGUUUACGGGUCAGAGCAAGGUUCUGGCCGGACCGGAGCCCUUCAUGGACAGAGAUUGCGUUCUGGUGGCGCUCAAUUAUCGCCUGGGCAGCCUGGGCUUCCUGGCCACGGGCACUGCCGAGGCACCCGGCAAUGCCGGUCUCAAGGAUCAAGUGCUGGCCCUGCGCUGGAUCCAGCAGCACAUCCAUCGCUUCGGUGGCGAUCCCCAACAGGUGACCCUCCUGGGUUACAGUGCGGGAAGCAUCAGCAUUGGCCUCCACAUGCUGUCGCCCAUGUCGCGGGGUCUCUUUCAUCGCGGCAUCUGCAUGAGUGCCUCGCCCUAUGGCCAGACCAAAUAUCAGCGUACCGAUCUGCUGUUGGCGCAGCGGCAGGCGAGGCUGCUGCAGUGUCCGCAGUCGCCUGCCAAGCAGCUGGUGGACUGCCUCAGGCAGAAGCCAGCCCUCGACUAUGUCAGCACCUUCGAUGACAUGUUCGAGGUGGGCUGGAAUCCUGUGCUCAAUUGGCAUGUGGUCAUCGAAGAGGACUUUGGUCAGGAGCGUUUUCUGGUGGAGGAUCCCUUCAAGACGGCCCUCAGGGGUGACUUCUACAAGGUGCCCCUCAUCACGGGCAUCACGGAAUUUGAGUUUCUCUCAGCGGCAUUGUAUGAUUUGCGUGAUGCGAACAUCAUUGGCAAAUUCAACAGCGACUGGGAGCACUAUGCCCCAAUUGCAUUUCUCUACGAGCGUGAAACGAAUCACUCGCGUCACGCCAGUCGUGUGCUGCGUGAGAAAUAUUUGGGAAGUGUCCAGCGAUUGGAGUAUCCGCAAUCCCUCAAGGGUUUGGGCGAACUCUAUAGCGAUGCCCUGAUUGGUGUGUCCUUCAAUCGCUUUGUGCGCCUGAUGGCACCACACACGCCCAUCUAUGUGUAUUUGUUUCGCUACAAGGGCCGAUACAGCUUCCUCAAGAAUCCCGAAAAUCAUCAAGCAAUGGGUCCUGUACAUCACGAUGAACUCCUUUAUCUGUUCCAUGUACCGCCGGAGAGUCCUUUGUUCAGGCGUGAGGAUCCCGAGAACCAAAUGAUUGAGCGCCUCACACGCAUGUGGUGGGAGUUUGCGGCAAAGGGGUGUCCCCACAACAAGAACGAUGAAUACCUUAAGGAUCUGCACUGGCCUCUGUAUAAUGAUAGAGAGAAAUCCUAUCUGGAAAUCGAUGCACAGUUGACAGCCAAAGCAGGUGGCUUUAAUCUAGAGAGAUAUCAUAUCUGGGAUGAGCUGUUUCCCAUGCCCACGUCUUAGGCAAUAUAAGGGGCAUAUAUUUGCCCGUUCCAUAAAGGUUUAUAAAACAAUUGAGCAAUUAUUAAACUCAAAUAAAAUAUACUGCAUAUAU